GACCCCCCCCAGGCCCGGCCCCCCCCCAGGCCCGGCUAUGCUGCGAGGAAGAGGUCGUUACCGAGCGCACAGCAUAGAGGCGUUCAAGUGCCGCAGGCGGGAGCAGGAGCAGACUCUCAGGAAGGCCCGCAAGGAGAAGCAGCUGGUCAGCAAGAGAUUGCUGAGGGACGUGUGGGAGGAUGGAGAUAGGAUGGAAACCGCAGAAAGCCCACUGACCCGAGAGGAGGUUUUGCAGCUACACCAGAGGAUCCAACUGGGAACUGAAGACAGACUCGUGGCUUUGCGGUGCCUGCGCCGGGCACUCCAGCAGAAGGAGGUACAGCAGACGUUUCUCAGCCUGGACAGCAGUCUGCAUGUCCUGGUGGGUCUGUUCACCAGUAACCUUGCCUCGGUACAGCUGGAAGCAGCAGGUUGUUUGCUGGAGCUCUCUCACUCAGACGACCCCAGUAUCUCUCUGCUCUGUUUGCCUGCGACUCCCUAUCUCCUGACUUACCUGUCGGGCCGGAGCGUGAGAUUCACGGAGCUGUGUCUGUACAUUCUGGGGAACCUGGCAGCAGAGAAUGCAGCGGUCAGGAGGCAGCUCAUGGCACAGGGUGUGAUUCACGCGCUUGCUACCUGUCUACAGUCAUCUGAGGGAGCCGUGGUGGAGGCUGCGGCCUAUUCACUCUCACAGCUCCUGCAGGGCAAGGAGUCAGCCCACAACAUUGUACCCGCUGAGCUGGUGGCUAAGGUGAUUCCUCUGCUACUCCAGCUGUUGGUUGCGGACUCCCAGUGUGGGGUGUGGGCAGCUGUGGAGAGUGCCUGGUGUCUGCACUACAUUAUCAGCAGUGGUGCCAUCAGUGAACAUCUGGUCUCUCAGGACAUUGUGAGUCGAGCAGUGACACUCCUGAUCGCUCUGGGCAAACCUGGGUCAGCGACACCUCCGGACACUGUACAUUUGCUGAUCAUCCCUGUGGUGCGCUGUUUGGGAAAUCUCAUCGCCGGCGAGGAGACAAAUCAGUGCAAAGCUCAGAUCCAACAAAGCGACCUCCUGCCAACCCUCGGUCUCUUCAUCACAAGCUUCUUACACACUCAGCCCUUUGUGGCACGGGAGUGUCUCUGGCUCUUCAACAACCUCACAGCUGGUGACGCUCUGUUUUGCUCGGCUGUGCUGGGUCUGAAUCUGGUCCCCAUGUUUCUCCGCCUGAUCCCAUUCUCAGGGGGAAUAAACACUCAGGCACUGCUGGUGCUGGGCAAUGUAGCUGAGCUGGGCCCAGAGACCUGCCAGCGACUGUACCAGGCGGACGUCACGCCUGCUUUGUGCUGCGCUCUCCGGAUGGCUGAUGUGGAAGUGGUGCGUCUGGCACUGGAAGUGCUGAACAUGAUCUUCUUACACUGCCCAGAGGCCUAUGUAGAGUUUGUGAAGCAAGAUGGGGUCCAGGCCGUGGAGGCCAUUCAGUACAAUGCAAACGAGGAGAUUCGAGUCCGUGCCCACUUCCUGAUGGACAAAUACUUCACGCAGCAGAGCGAGGGCUCAUAGUUUGAAGUCUGGGAAUCUUCCGCAUGUGGCUAAUGGACAGUUCGAGUACACUUCGGGCAGAACAAGAGUUCUGAGCCUCACUUUCAGCAGCUGUGCUUAACUGAACAUGAAGCGGUAAUAGAUGGGUCACGGAAUCACUGCACUGGAGGACGCCAGGUACUGUAUGUGUCAAAUGGAUGUGCUGUUGCCAACACCUGAGAGGAUAUUGCAAUGAUCUUUCAAUCCUGUGGACCAAAAGAUCUGCAAUUUAUUAAACAUCUUGUUGCUGAAUUAAAAUAGUUUUGUGUUUACUGACAACAGAUUAUGUACAACCCACGAUGAGUAAAGGAACCAUGGUCUUAUUAAACACCUAAUACGAUCACAUUUUUUUGUUUGAAACUAUUUUUUACUGAAAUUAAAUUAUUUG